AUGUCGAUUACUUGCACUCUAUCUCUUGUACUCGUUUUAUUCAUUUUUAAUCAUCAUGCUGCUUCAGUCGAUAUUAUCGAGAAUGACGAAAAUUUACCUCGUGCUGCAUCAGAUCCAAGCUUUGCUACAGCCAUUGUUAAUACACAAAUAUUAACAAUAUUGUAUUAUCAUGGUGCACAAGUGUAUAUCUACAGUGCACUGUCAAACGAGAAUGAAAAUAAAUUAACACCACAAAAAUGGCUAUUCUAUUAUGUGCCAAUCAUGGCUCCAACACAAGACAGUAAUGAUUCAUGGAUAUGGCUUGUAAAUAACGAAAUACGUUUAAAACUAAUGCUAGGUAAUCAAAAUGUAGAAGAACUGGCUCGUAAAGCCAUUAUUGACAAAUAUGAUUUAAGUAUAACACAAUAUUCAAAAUAUUGGACUGUAGCACCAUUAAUAAUUGACUCGUUGAUGGCAUAUAUUGUCGAUGGUGCAACGUUACCAGUUGCUGGUGUUCAUCCUUAUCGAGUCGUACAUCCAAAUUCACUCAUUUUAACAUUUCGAUUUCAAUGUUCAGAAAAUGGAACUGCUCGACAAAUUAUAGAAAAAAUAAAAAAUGGUGAUUAUGAAAUUGAACUUGCAUUUUACUUUGCUGGCUUUAGACAAAUAUCGACAAAUUUAAUAUCAAUUACAAGUGAUCAGUUAAAAAAUGUUUUGAGUAAGACAAUAGCUGAUGGUGCCAACGCAAAUGCACAAUAUAUUCAUCGUAAUCAAGCAUCCAAAUUCGUUGGAAAUUAUGUUACGAAUGUCAAAAAAAUGAUUUAUAUGGAAAACACGAACACGAAUCUUUCCUUGUUGACAAAUGGACUUGAAGAACAGUUUAUUUCAUUGUUACAACAAGGAAUGGAUGCAUCUAAACAAACAACGAUCGAUGCAGCCUUAUUCGAUCAAGUCUGGUCUUCAUCAGAUCUGAAUCCUGAUCGUUUAACAUCCGAAUUGAGUAAACUAUUUACUUACAAUGAUACGGAAACUAAACGUCAUAACUAUACAAAUACAUAUUUUGAUUUAAAUAAACAAAAUUUACAAGCAUCAAGCAGCAGUGACUCAUCUAGUGGAGGAGGUAGCGUUUCAAUCUUCGGUAUUGGUGUGGGUGGUUCAGGUAGUUCUUCUUCAUCAUCAUCAAAUACCUUGCAAGAUAUCUUAAUGCAAACAAAUCAUGAUAUUUAUUCCUUAACUGAUAUACAACGCUUUUUAAAGCAACAACAAUCAGAAUUUCAAUGGACUGGUGAAAAGUUCAUUCCCAAAUCAUUCAAUGUGUACAAACUGGUUGAUUUGACAGAUCGUUUACAAGUUGCAAUUAUAUCGAAGCAAUUAAUUGCAGACAAAAGAAACGGUGCUCUUGUACGACAAGUCAGUGCCGCUAGUACUCCAAUUAUAUAUGCAAACAAACCAUCAACGUUUCUAACUGGCACCGUACAGAUCUUCGCAGGUGCAACAACUCCACCACUUCCCUGGCUUCUAUGUGACGGAGCAGCUGUUUCACGAGUCGAAUAUCAACGGCUGUUUUCUGUUAUUGGGGAAACAUACGGCUCGGGAGAUGGUCGAACUACAUUUAAUCUUCCGGACUUUCGUGGUCGAUUUCCAUUGGGUGUCGAUGAGCUACAAAUUCGUGUUAGGAACGCGAAUAAAUCGGGUAUAAGUGGUGGCUACGACGCACACCAGCUAUCAGUUGAGCACCUUCCUCCCCAUACACAUGGCAAAGGUUCAUUAACUGUUGUACGCAGCGGUAACCAUACACAUUCAUAUACUGACCCUGGGCACGAUCAUGGCGGGAGAACGGGUGACGGUCCAUUUAGCUGGAAUGGUGGUUUCGGCUUGGUAGGUGGUGGAAUAUCACAAGAUCGAGUUCCACAUUCUCAUUCAAUUGCGAAAGAUAUUACUCGUAUAGUAAUCAACGAAGCAGGCACUCAUUCACAUGAAAUCGAGGGCGAAACUGCAACCGUUGGCACUGGAAAUAGGUUCAGUCUGAUGAAUCCAUAUCAGACAGUUAAUUAUAUCAUAUAUGCUGAAUAG